CGACCAUGGCCACAGCUGCCUCGAAUCCCUACAGCAUUCUCAGUUCCAGCUCCCUAGUCCAUGCGGACUCUGCGGGCAUGCAGCAGGGGAGUCCUUUCCGCAAUCCUCAAAAACUUCUCCAAAGUGAAUACUUGCAGGGAGUUCCCAGCAAUGGGCAUCCCCUCGGGCAUCAUUGGGUGACCAGUCUGAGCGACGGGGGCCCUUGGUCCUCCACGCUAGCCACCAGCCCUCUGGACCAGCAGGACGUGAAGCCCGGACGUGAAGACCUGCAGUUGGGUUCGAUCAUCCAUCACCGCUCGCCACACGUAGCCCACCACUCUCCGCACACUAACCACCCAAACGCCUGGGGGACGAGCCCAGCUCCAAACCCGUCCAUCACGUCAAGCGGCCAACCCCUUAACGUGUAUUCACAGCCCGGCUUCACCGUGAGCGGCAUGCUGGAGCACGGGGGACUCACCCCACCGCCGGCAGCCGCCUCCACACAGAACCUGCAUCCUGUGCUCCGUGAGCCCCCAGACCAUGGCGAACUUGGUUCACACCACUGCCAGGACCACUCAGACGAGGAGACGCCAACCUCAGAUGAGUUGGAACAGUUCGCCAAACAAUUCAAACAAAGAAGAAUCAAGUUGGGUUUCACGCAGGCCGACGUGGGGCUAGCGCUGGGCACACUGUAUGGCAACGUGUUCUCGCAGACCACUAUCUGCAGGUUUGAGGCCUUGCAACUGAGCUUCAAGAACAUGUGCAAGCUGAAGCCCUUGCUGAACAAGUGGCUGGAAGAGGCGGAUUCAUCCACAGGGAGCCCGACCAGCAUUGACAAGAUCGCCGCCCAGGGCCGCAAGCGCAAGAAGCGAACCUCCAUCGAGGUGAGUGUCAAGGGCGUACUGGAGACGCAUUUCCUCAAGUGUCCCAAGCCUGCCGCGCAGGAGAUCUCCUCGCUGGCAGACAGCCUCCAGUUGGAGAAAGAAGUGGUGCGUGUCUGGUUCUGUAAUCGAAGACAAAAAGAAAAAAGAAUGACUCCGCCAGGGGAUCAGCAGCCGCAUGAGGUUUAUUCUCACACCGUGAAAACAGACACAUCGUGCCACGAUCUCUGACUGGAGGAAGAGAGGAGGCCAGCCGCACUGGGAGCAGAGCGGAUUUCUUUCUCUUUUACCUCUUCUCUUCAUUUUAAUAUUCUAUAUUAUUGCUAUAACUCUAUAUUAUUGCUAUAAUUCUUUCUUUCUUUCUUUCCUUUUUCUUUUCUUUGAGGGGGUUCUAACUUAUGCUAAGAAAACACACACACACACACACACACACACAUUCAGGCUUCUCAACUCUGAUACACAGUUAUAUUAAGCAGUUCAGGUGGGGACCUCAGGUUCCCUGCCACCCUGGCAAUUUCCCUCCAAACCUUUUAUGCUGAUCAAUACAUAUUGUUUACUCUGAGUAAGGUUUGUUUGAUCACUCCACUCUAGGAAGA